AUGUUAGCAAGCGAUGCUGGUCCCCAUCAAUUUGCUGUCUGUGGUUCUGGAUCAUCUGAGUUACUCUUCCUUGUUUUCCAGGAAGGCAAACAUCUUAGGUGCAGAAGUAGCUGCUCAGGUUCUGCUACCAUCAGAUUCUUCUUCUCAUCAAGAGGAAUGGAGAAUGGGAGAAAGAUGAAGGCUAAAAUGAAGUCAAAAACUAACAAGAAAUGUGUUCGACAAAAUGGUGAUGAACCAGAAGGGAAAGAAAGUGAAGAGGGCAUCGAAAAGCCUAAUGUAAAGAAGAGCAAGAGAGGUAGUGUGAUCAUGGAGGGAUCGCGGUGCAGCCGUGUUAAUGGAAGGAGGUGGAGGUGUUGCCAACAGACCAUUGUGGGCUACUCUUUGUGUGAACAUCACUUGGGUAAAGGAAGGCUUAGAAGCAUGGUCAGUGUUCGAAAUCAGGCCAUGGCUAGUAAUCCUAGUGUACUUCAAAAGGAUGAGUCGGAGAAAGCGAAUCAGAUGGAGAAAAGAUUGGUUGCUGAUAACGAUGAGGACGACGAUAAUGGUGAUGAUGAUGACGAGGAGAAGCCAUUGAUGGUGAGAAAGAAGAGGAUGAAGCUUAGGAUGGUGAAAGCUAGAUCUGUAAGCAGCUUACUGAGCCAAACAGACAAUGCAGUUGUAGUAGCUGAUAAUAGCAAAAGGAGCAGCUAA